AUGACGAUAACAACCAUACCAGCUCCAUUGCAAGGCAAAGUCGCGAUCGUGACAGGAGGAAGUAAAGGCAUAGGUCGAGAGACGGCACUUGUUUUCGCCCGUAGAGGCUGCAGUCACAUAGCAAUCACUUAUGUCCACGACCGUGCAGCAGCAGAUCGGGUUCUCGACGCCAUUCGCCAGAUCAAUCUUGAAUGCUGUGCCGUGGCUGUCAAGGCUGAUGUUCGUGAGCGGGACUUCGGUAAGGAGGUCGUCCAGCAGAGCAUCGAGGCGUUGAAGGUUGAUCGCAUUGAUAUCCUCGUCUCCAACGCUGGAGUGCAGGACAUCAAUGACCACACCACGGCUUCGCAGAUGACGUACGAACAUUUCGAAAAGGUCAUGGUCGGCCAGGCAUGGGCGCCGCUGCAGCUUUCUCUUGAGGCGAUCAAACACAUGUCUGCCGGAGGGCGAAUCAUCAUGAACUCCUCGGGCUCCAGCAAAUCGGCCAACGGCGAUCCGUUCUUGAUGCACUGCUGCAGCAAGGCGGCGAUGGACUCCAUCGCCCGUAACCUGGCGGUCAUUUAUGGGCCGAGUAUUGGCAUCACUGUCAACUCGAUUGGCUGUGGAUGCACCGACACCGAGUCCUUGAGGAAUUCAGUUCAGACUUUUGGGCCCGAGUUUGGGAAGUUCGCGGAAAACAUGAGUCCUCUGAAGCGGCUUGGUAGGCCCGAGGAGGUCGCGAAUAUUAUUGCCUUUGUGGCAAGUCCAGAAGCGAGCUGGAUCAAUGGCAAUCAAGUUCCUGCGAAUGGUGAUACGUUCACCAACCAUCGACAGUCGGAUUCUUCGACCAGGAUCGGUGCCGAGGUCCAGGGACCUCCGUCUCACCUAAAGUUGGAUGCAGUGGCUCACGUAUCCGCGAGUGAUAUCAUUGUUGCCGUCUGGGUGAAUAAAAGCAAGCCUCUCGCCGAGCCCGAAGUUGAGAAUCUUACCACAACCAGCAUCUUUAAUCAAUAUAAAUUUGACAUGGAGGCGUACACAACCAUUCCCCAGGCGGCAAAGCUCCGCCCCGAGAGAUACCACCUGAAUAUCCCAGACCAAGAUGUCUCGGACUUCAGAGAGUUACUUCGCUUGUCGAAAUUGGCGCCAAAAACCUACGAGAAUCUCAAGACCGAUGGCAGUUUCGGAGUGGACCACGAAUGGAUGUCCAAGGUGAAGGAAUAUUGGCUGAAUCAAUACGACUGGCGACAACGGGAGGAGUAUAUCAAUUCUUACGCGCACUACACUGUCGACAUCGAGGACGAGGGAGAAACAUUUAAGACUCACUUUGUGGCACUGUUCUCCAAGAAAAAAGAUGCAGUUCCCCUGCUCAUGAUGCAUGGCUGGCCAGGCAGCUUUCUCGAGUUUCUCGAAGUCAUCGACAUCUACCGCAAGCGAUACUCUGCAGAAGAACUGCCUUAUCACAUAAUUGUGCCUUCUCUUCCGGGUUACACCCUCUCAUCCGGCCCACCUCUGACAAAGAACUUCAAUCUAGAGGAUGUAGCGCGCAUCAUGAACAAACUCAUGGUUGGACUCGGAUUUGGCACUGGCUACAUUGCCCAGGGAGGCGACGUUGGCUCAUUUUUGUGCCGUAUCCUAAACGCCUACUAUGAUGAAUGCAAAGUGAAUUUCUCCAUGACAUGGAAGGAGCCCGAAGGAGUCGAUCCAAAGGACGUCAACGAAGAAGAACAGGCGGGUGUACAGCGAAUGCUCAAAUGGGUGACGCAUGGCUCGGCAUACACGGCCGAACACCGCACCAGGCCCGCAACCAUUGGCUUUGCUCUCUCUGCAAGUCCGCUGGGAUUACUAGCAUGGAUUGGCGAGAAAUUCAUCGAAUGGUCGGACGUGACUCCAUCCUUUGACCAGAUACUUGACGAUCUCACCUUGUACUGGUUCACGGAGACUUUUCCCCGUUGCAUCUACCCGUACAGACCGGCAAGAGACCCCAUCGAUCCGGCAGUCACCGACCUCCCGCACAGCAAUCCAAAGUACUACUGCCAGAAGCCGGUGGGGUACUCUUGGUUCCCUCGAGAACUCGCACCGAUGCCAAAGGCAUGGGUGGAGAAGCAAGGAAAUCUCGUCUGGUAUAAGCAGCACAACAAGGUCAGAAUCACCCGCUCGUUCCAGAGUCUCAGCAUACCUAGUCCGAUCUCGAUUCUGGUAUCAAUGGUCUAA